AUGGCAAAUAAGCCGACGCGUGAUCUUUUGGGCAUUAUUUGGCAAAACUUGCGCUCACUGCGUCCGCGACAGUAUCGUGGCAAUCUCAUAGGCGAGGAUUACUUUGGCAACAAAUACUAUGAGAUUCCCGCCAAUCCAUCGAUUGGCAAGCGAAAGCCUUCCCGUUAUUUCGAGCCCGUUGACAAGGAUGCCUUUGAUCAGGAAUUGACGGCCGAGUGGGAGGCGUGGCUGCGUGGACGUCGUGACGAUCCGCCCACCCGAGAGGAGCUUGUCAAGAAUCUGCAAAUCAUGGACAUGAAGAAACGCAAUGCGGCCCAGUUGGAUGCACAUAAUGCCAAGGGAAAGGACGAGGGGGCGCUGCCCAAACAGGUGGAGGGGGAAACAAUUGGCACGUUUCCCAAGUACAAGGAUUACGAUAUGAUACCCGGCAAACAUUCAACAAAGAAAUGAAACUUAUGUUAUUUUUUUCGAAUUAAUUUGUAAAUAUAUAUAUGUAUUUCUAGAUUAUGUUAAUGCUAGCACAAAGU